AGUAGUAGUAGUAGUAGUAGUAGUCGUCAUGGUGCGGUGGCCGUACGCGUACGCUCUGCGUUCGUCGACUCGCGUUCGUUCCGUCGUCCGCAGACGGUCCGCUUCCCUGCCUCGUCCGUCGCCCGCAACUUGUUGAUGACCGUCGAAGUCGCAGCCGCCGCGGGUUUUCCGCUCGUUUCCUCUCCUCGUUGCCGUCGGCUAUACCAAUGAUAAUAGUAAUAUGUUAUUUCUCGACCGUUGUUCUCUAUUCGUUUAUCCUCGCGGUGUCGUGUCACCGUUCCCGAUACAAUGCCUCGAUUUUACCGGAUUUCUUCCGGUAUUGUUUAGGAGACUUAAUUAGCAUUCGUAACGACGAUGGUGAUGAUGUGAGAAUAGCUUUCAACCAUCAAUGGACUAAAGGAAAUUAAUUGUACGAACGUGAACCUGUGAAAUAUAAUCUUCCGAUCAUGUUACCAAUCCGUUUACCUAAUACAAUCUUGGCAAGUCGUCGCCAGCAACCACCUACACCUAGCCCAACAGAACCUAAAGUACAAGUUCGGCCAUUAACGAAAGAUUCGCUGGAAACUAGACAACAUGUUUCAACAUCUGUUGGGUAUGGUUACCAAACUCGAAAUAAAGUGAGCGUGUUAGAUGGAUCUGUGUUGCCCAGUAAAUUUGAGCCGUUUCCUAGUGAGUUGUAUGGCAUGCCACUUGAGGAAAUUGACAAUUUUAUAUUUGAUGAGACCUUUUGCGUGGUAUCCAAAAGAUUUCGGAAGAAUUAUAUACACCGUUUCACAGCCACCCAGUCUUUCUUUAUGUUUUCCCCUUGGAACUCGUUUCGGCAACUGUGCAUAUACAUUUCUACUAAUCAAAUAUUCGACUAUGUGGUUAUGACCACUAUAUUGCUCAAUUGUGUCUUCCUAGCCAAAACAGAUUCAGUUGAAGAAGCUGAAUACAUAUUCUUGGCCAUAUAUACGGCCGAAAUGGUUAUCAAAACCAUAUCAAAGGGAUUUAUACUAAAUAAGUAUACAUACUUACGGAAUCCAUGGAACUGGCUGGAUUUCAUCGUCAUCACGUCGGGCUAUGCAACCAUCGGCAUGGACGUCGGGAAUCUAGCCGGGCUACGUACUUUUCGCGUACUCAGAGCUCUGAAAACCGUAUCCAUAAUGCCAGGUCUCAAGACGAUCAUCAACGCUUUGUUGCACUCCUUUCGUCAAUUAGCUGAAGUCAUGACACUGACCAUAUUUUGUCUAAUGGUAUUUGCUCUGUUUGCGCUUCAAGUGUACAUGGGUGAAUUGCGGAAUAAAUGUGUCAUGAUUAACGAAGACAAUGUGAAUUGGCUAAUAUGGAUAAAUAAAGAGCAAAACUGGCUGUCGGACAACGAAGGAAACCCAAUGCUAUGCGGCAACGUGACUGGGGCGAGACAUUGCCCAGUUGGUUACGUGUGCCUUGGCGUUGGCCCUAACCCCAAUCACGGUUACACGAAUUUCGACAAUUUCCUGUGGUCUAUGUUGACUACGUUCCAGCUAAUUACACUAGACUAUUGGGAAAACGUCUACAACAUUGUGUUGGCAACGUGUGGCCCGAUGAGUGUCAUAUUUUUCACGGUGGUGGUGUUCUUCGGUUCGUUCUACCUGAUCAAUCUGAUGUUGGCUGUCGUCGCCCUGAGCUACGAAGAAGAAGCGGAAAUCACGCAAGAGGAGAGGCGAAAAGACUUGACGGACUACCGGGACGAAUCGACAUUCAGUUUCGACCCGAGCCGCAUCCCGGUCAAGCAACUGCAGGACAGACAGAACCGGGAAAAGAAGAAAGUAGACGGCCGGAAAGGUGUGCUACUGUCUUCGGUUACGCGCAAACGGAAAAAAUCACGAAGACGUCGGACACCGUCUCAGCAACGGUCUCAGCAACCGGAGCAACAGCAACAGCAAAACCCCACGAACGACCAAGAUGGCACCAUUGACGGAGUGACGGAUGCCGCGGAACCGGAAGUGGAUAUAGUGGCGACGACGGCAACGGUGGCAUCAGAAGCUGACCCGUCGGCGGUGACAGUUGCGUUGGACGACUGUGAAGAUGAUGAAGACUCAGGCAGUCGUUCAUCAACGCCCCGUCGAAAACCGUCGAGGUCGCCCGAUCCACCGGCACAACCGGUCACGCCACCACCACAACCGGAACCACCACCUGUCACUUCUGCCACCACCAAACCCAACGUGGCUGCCGACAGUCUGCGACCGUGCGCUCUUGUAGCUCCGCAAGGACGAGAACGGUGGUUACUGGGUAGUAGACAGGGCAGUGCGAAUACCAGUGAAGGCAACAACAGGGAUUCAUCACUGGACGACUCAGGUGUAGUAGAUGAUCAUGAUGACGGGGAAGCGACGUCGCAAUCACAAUCCCAUCACACUUCACCACAGCCGCAGCAAUGCGGAUACCAUCAGUUACCUCAGAAUUCCACCAACGAUAAUGGUUUAGCUGUAUCAAAAAGCAUUAAAGUGAUCAAAUGCAAUGGGCUGAAAACAAAACCAUUUGGCCGCAACGGCGAGGCCGAGUACGUGUCUCAGGUGGUUGUUAUUGAUGAUCAAAGUUGUACGAAUUGCAACAGAAAUUGCAUUGACUACCAGACAUGGUUGAGAGUUCAAAACUGUUUGCAUAAAGUAGUUAGAGAUCCAUUAUUUGAGUUGUUUAUUAUGGCAUGUAUAAUAUGCAAUACAAUAGUGCUGGCUAUUGAACAUCACGGAAUGUCACAAAAUGUACGUAACAUUUUGGACGUUGGAAACAAGGUUUUCACAACUAUUUUUACUGUGGAAUGUCUAUUCAAGUUAAUUGCUCUAAGUAAUGAAUUCUUCAAUUGUGGUUGGAAUAUAUUUGACAUGAUCAUUGUAACAGCUAGCUUAUUAGAUUUAUCAUUUGAAAUGAUCGAUGGUUUAUCAGUACUUCGCUGUUUAAGAUUGCUUCGAGUUUUAAAAUUGGCUCAAUCGUGGACAACCAUGAAAGUACUAUUGAGCAUCAUCAUAUCAACAAUCGGAGCUCUCGGUAACCUUACGUUUGUUCUAAUCAUCAUUAUAUAUAUAUUUGCCGUCAUCGGCAUGCAACUAUUCUCAAAAGAAUAUAUGCCAGAAAAAUUUGAUCCAGAUCCUGUGCCGAGAUGGAAUUUUUCAGAUUUUUUUCACUCGUUCAUGAUGAUUUUUCGAAUUCUUUGUGGUGAAUGGAUUGAACCAUUGUGGGAUUGUAUGAAAGCCGAAGAAAAAGAGGGUUUCGGUAUAUGCUUCGCAAUAUUUUUGCCGGCGCUAGUGAUGGGUAACUUCAUGGUUCUCAACUUGUUUUUGGCGUUGUUACUCAAUAGUUUCAAUUCCGAAGAAUUAAAAUCAAAAAAAGAGCAAGGUCAACAAGAAGUAGACGAAGAAAUGGCUCAUUACAGAGAAAGAUGGGCCCAUCAUGUUAGAGUAAUCAGUAACGUUUGCCAAAAGUGUAGAAUUCAAAAUUCGUCAAGAAGGUCCUCAAUUUCUUUGUCAAAUAUCCCAAAAGAUACAAUUGUAUCUCUCGUAGAUUAUGAGGAAGUUGGCGAUGGCUCCAAACUGGAACGAAGUUUUCAACGGAUUCGUUCAAUUAUCAGGAAACGUAAGCGUCGACAAUCGCGAACAGAGACAACUAGUUGUGAUACUUCUGUAAAUUUUAAACUGGAAAAUACAGUUAAGCAACUAAUGCGAAUAAAAAAUGAAAAGAAGAAAUUAAAAACAGAAAUGGUUAAUAUGUCGGAUGAUGAAAUAUGCGAGCGACAAGAGAAUUGUGAAUAUGACAUAGAAAUUACCAACGAUCGUAUAGAAACUGAUCAGAACGAUGGGACGUCAUUAGUACUAAAUGCCGGAUACUUAGAUCAACAAGAAAAGACUGAUCGCCGAAUUCAGCGUGCCAUGACGGAAGAUUCUACUGACACAGUUUUGGUUACAGGAUAUAACCAAGGGCCAUUUACAACUCAACAAACGCCAGUAUUUAGUUGCCAGGAAUCAACAUCUGAUGAUUUAUUGUACCAUCAAAUCAUGCAAGAUGCCAUGUGUUAUGCACCUACUUUAACAAGAGACUUAGAAUUACCAAUGUUAGAUGAAACAUUUGAGUUAUCCGAACAUUAUACUAGUCCACCACCAGCAGGAAUACACCGAAGAUCAUACAUAUUGGCUACCAGACAAGACAGCAGUAAAGACGAAAUUGACGAUCAAGAUGAAACAUGUUUCUUGAAACAGAAAAAUAAGGAUAUAGUUAUUGAUGAAAAGUCCAAAAAGAAACCUUGGAUAACACUUGUAUCUUAUGUGGACGAAUUAACCGUGGGCGGAAGAAGAGACUCCCAAGGAAAUUUCGUUGAUGCAGCUCCUACUUUUCCAGGUUUUGGCAGAAAUAAACAAUCAAAAGCUCCACUAGAAUGUUUUCCUUUUAAUUGCUAUCAAAGGAUUGGGAUAAAAAAAGAAUGGGUUGAUACUUGUUUUGGCGACCGAUGGAUGACUUUUCGACAGAAAACUCUCGUGAUAGUAGAUACUCCGAUAUUUGAAUGGUUUAUACUAGUGUUGAUUUUUGCGUCGAGUGUAACAUUAUGCUUCGAAGAUAUUUACCUAGAUGAAAAUCAAACGCUCAAAACUGCAUUAUAUUGGACUAAUUUUACGUUUUGCGUUAUAUUCACAAUUGAACUUAUGCUAAAAUGGAUAGCAUUGGGAGUUUAUAAAUACUUUAAAAGUUUUUGGACGGCGUUAGACUUUAUUAUUGCAAUGAUGUCAAUUUUUAGUUUACUAAUUGAUGAAAAUGAGAAUUUAAAAGUUCUACGGUCUUUAAGAACUCUCCGAGCUUUGCGACCACUCAGAGCUAUAUCGAGAUGGCAAGGGAUGCGGAUAGUUGUGAAUGCUCUGAUGUAUGCAAUUCCAUCAAUUUUUAACGUUCUGCUGGUUUGUCUUGUGUUUUGGUUGAUAUUCUCAAUCAUGGGUGUACAGUUUUUUGGUGGAAAAUUUUUUAAGUGUGUUGACGACAACGGAGACCGUGUAUCCGUAAACAUUGUCAAUAAUCGCAGUGACUGCAUGCUCCAUAACUAUACUUGGUUAAACUCGAAAAUAUCAUUUGAUAACGUGGGCAUAGCUUAUUUGGCUUUGUUUCAAGUUGCUACAUUUGAAGGAUGGAUGGAAGUAAUGGCAGAUGCUGUAGAUGCUCGUGGUGUAGACUUACAACCUGAAUAUGAGGCAAACUUGUAUGCUUACAUAUAUUUUGUGAUAUUUAUUGUGUGUGGAGCAUUUUUUACUCUAAACCUUUUCAUCGGUGUUAUAAUUGAUAACUUUAACAUGCUUAAAAAAAAGUACGAAGGCGGAGUAUUAGAAAUGUUCUUGACUGAAAGUCAAAAGCAUUAUUAUACAGCCAUGAAAAAACUAGGCCGGAAAAAGCCACAAAAAGUAAUUAAGCGCCCAGUCAAUCAAUUUAUGGCAAUAUUUUACGACUUAUCAAAUUCCCGAAGGUUUGAAAUAGCAAUUUUCGUAUUGAUUUUUUUAAACAUGUUGACAAUGGGUAUUGAACAUUACAAUCAACCUGUUCCGGUGUUUUUCAUAUUAGAAGUCUGCAACGCAUUUUUUACUACUGUCUUUGGACUAGAGGCUUUAGUGAAAAUUAUUGGUCUUCGAUUUCAUUAUUUUACUGUUCCUUGGAAUGUUUUUGAUUUUUUACUCGUCUUAGCAUCCGUUCUUGGUAUACUUAUGGAAGAUAUUAUGAUCGAUUUUCCAGUAUCACCGACACUUUUGAGAGUAGUUCGCGUGUUCAGGAUUGGUAGAAUAUUACGAUUGAUUAAGGCCGCCAAAGGUAUACGUAAACUGUUAUUCGCCUUAAUCGUGUCUUUACCAGCACUUUUCAAUAUUGGUGCACUACUCGGUUUGAUUACUUUUAUAUACGCCAUUAUCGGUAUGUCUGUUUUCGGGCAUGUCAAAAAACAAAAAGCCAUUAAUGACAUGGUAAACUUUGAGACUUUUGGUAGGAGCAUGCAACUGUUGUUCCGGCUGAUGACAUCGGCCGGGUGGAAUGACGUACUUGAAUCCCUUAUGGUACAACCACCGGAUUGUGAACUAGAAUCUCCAGGACUUCCAAAUGGCAAUUGCGGACACCCUAUUCUCGCGAUUACGUACUUUACGAGUUUUAUCAUAAUAAGCUACAUGAUCGUUAUAAAUAUGUACAUAGCUAUUAUAUUAGAGAACUUUAACCAAGCUCAUCAGGAAGAAGAAAUCGGCAUUGUAGAAGACGAUCUCGAAAUGUUUUACAUCAGAUGGUCUAAAUAUGAUCCACAUGCAACGCAGUUCAUAGCGUUCAAUCAAAUAUCUGAUUUCAUUGCAAGCUUGGACCCGCCAUUAGGCAUACCUAAACCGAAUAUCGUGGCUUUAGUCAGCUUCAAUUUGCCAAUUGCGAGAGGCAACAAGAUUCAUUGUCUAGACAUACUCCAUGCACUCGUCAAACACGUGCUUGGUCACGUCGACGAAACGGACGAAUUCAGAAAAUUACGAGAUCAAAUGGAUGUGAAGUUUAAAAAACAAUUCCCGACACGUAAGGAACUGGAAAUCGUGUCAUCUACGCGUCUAUGGAAACGUCAAGAUAAAGCCGCGAGACUAAUACAAAGAAGUUACCGAAACUUCCGAAGGCGGAAAAAAGACAUAACAGAUUUGUGUUCGGAUACGCAGUCUUCAAGCCCCGGAGGUUGGCAAUCACGUCUUUCGUCAUUCUUACAUGUUAAAGGCAUGUCAAUCAGUGGUAUUGGAGGAGGUAUCGGAAGUAGUUCUAGAGCUUCGUCCAGAAAAUCUUCUAGAGCCUCCGACACGUCUGACAUAUCUGAACUAGGAGCGUCUCUCUGGCUUAACCUGCCAUUGUUUUUAUUGUCUAACGCUCAGUUAGAUACAACGGGUAAAAACGAAGAACAAUCGCCCAAGAAAAAAUCACACGUCGAGGGAGGUGGCGGCGGACCGGUGCACAUCACGAUCAGCGAACCGUCGCCCGAGGCCAAACCAAACGCGGUGCUGCCUUUGUCGCUGGACGGGGUCGGCGACUUGGCAACCGGAAGCGGCACGGCGGACCGGAAGCAACAGCAACACCAGCUACCCCAACAGCAGCAGCAACAGGCAGCACCCAACGUGAGUAUCACCAUAACUGACGCGUCGCCGGUAAGCCCGAAACCGUUGCCGGUGGCGAACGUGCAACAGCAGCAGCAGCAGCAGACCGGUGGCGGCGGCGGCCCGACGGCGGCACACAGCAAACGGUUGGCGUUCCGGCGGGCGAGCGAAGCGAAAAUCGUACAGCACAAGGCGCUAGUGCACAGGACGUCCGAAGGGCCACACAGCUGAUGGGAAUUAUGAUAACACGUAUAAUAUAUUAUAAUAAUGUCGUUAAUAAUAUUUAUACACACCUAACCCACCAGAUAUACCUACCGCCGGAGUCAUCGUUAUCGUUGUCGUCGUUGCAGUAGUAGUUGUUGUUGUUCGUUGUUGUUGUUGUUUUUGUUUUUGUUGUUAUUGUUAUUUUUUACUAUUAUUUAUUAUUAUUAUUAUUAUUAUUAUUAUUAUUAUUACUAUUAUUAUCGUUUUCGUCCGUAUACGGCGACUACGGUUAUGUUUUAUGUACAAGCUGCGUGUACAGUCCAUCACCCCGUCGCACCCACCAACCGAAAGCUCUGCCGCCGCAAAGAUCACCCGUGUAGCACUGCCAGACGAUGUAAUACACGACACAGACCGACGACGUUGACCGUAUCAUAUACCCAUAGUAUCUAUCCGAUCGUAUGACAAGGGGCAUCAUCGCGUUUAUAUAAUACAGAUCCUUAAAACCACCCACACGGAUGAUUCGACCCGUUUAUAUAUCGUCAGGAGUAGGUAAAUAUUGCGUACCCGAAAAAAAAGGUCACAGUCACCCGUUUAUUUUUGAAACGUACGUAAAUUUCGUUCCGGGACAUUAAAAAAAAAAGACAUUCAAAGUGAUACGUAUAAUAGUAGUUUGAAAACUCGGGGACAAAAAGUAGAAAAAUUAUGGGAAAAGAUACAUAAAUUAGAAUUUAUAGGAAACAAUGAAAGAAUUGCCAACUAAAAAAAUAAUUCUUUUAUUCAGUCUGAGCGGAAAUUAUCAUACAUUUGUUCAAACUUUUACCAGUUGGUCAUGAUAUAACUACAUUUUAAUAAUACAUUUUUUUAUUCAUAUUAUCAACAUAAACAUAGCGUAACCAACAUGUAUACAAUUAUAUUUCCAGUCCUAAGUCUGAAAAAACGGAAGGAAACAAUUAAUUUUUCAAAUAUAUUUCUAGACGUGAUUUACGAAUGAAUAAAAAAAAAUUUCGCCGCAAUUUACAGCGACUCGUAUCGUCACUCUAGAGUCUCGAGUCAAAACUACUCGUCACAGUUGUUGUAUUUAACGGUAGAUCAUAAUCGAUUUGUUUGCAAUCGAUAGUUUGUCUGGGAUGAGUUAAAUACAAUUUGACCAAAACGUGUUGAAGAUGUGGCUUCUGACGGAAUAUUAGGUACCUAUAUACUCAUCGUGAUUCGGUACACUCUUUGUAUAAGUCGCUUUUAACAUUUCACAAAAUUAUGGCCGAAAAAAGAACGCAGCCGCGAUCGUUCGUCUCAACGGUGACCGAAUUGUGCGUGCCUAGUGCUCGCAACUAAAAAACAUACAUUACGAUGUAACAAUAUAUUAUAGCAUUGCGAGUUAUGCGUAAUAUAUUAUGCCGAACGCGUGUCGUAGGUAAUUCGUCGUCCCCGCGGUUUUCUCAUUUUCCGGUCGAUAAAUCCCGUCUCCGGCGUAUACGCCGUUUUGCGAAUUUUUACUUCUCCGUUUCCCAUUAUACCGUCGCGGGGCGGUGGCGGUAACAGCCUCACUACCAGCCCUAUAUCCACUGUUUUUCACCAGUGCCGGUGCAAUAGAUGACGACUGAGGGCGAGCAGACACCGAACAAACCGUGAUCACGCAAAUUUCCACAUGAAUUAGUCGUAUUGUCCGUCAUAUUUUGUUUUCUCUUCUUUUUAUACUCAUUUAUAGCUGUAUUAUUAUAUUAGGAGGUAUAUAUACAUGUAUAAAAUGGAUCAGACCUCGACAGACAAUUAUAUACGGCCGCGCGUAGGUAUACUUUAUAAUGUACAUGUCUAUACAUAUAUUAUGUUGCGCAGCGACUGCAGAACUCGUAACAAUGUGGUUCGCGAAAACUUUAAAUUCCCCCUCCCCUAUACCACCUCGACUCGCACCUCCCGCAGCGGUUUUCCAUUAUGAUUUUCGAAUAUUCACGACGCUCGUCCGCAAAACAACUUCGCAAUAAUUACUAUUACAUACACUCGACUAAACCGCAUUGUUCGGUAUAGACAAUAAUAAUAAACAACAUGUACGCUAUAUACUUACGCUUAAUGUUUAUAGAAAGAAAGAAAAAAAAAGACAAAUAAAAA